GCAGGCCGUCGCCAGUGCUGUGCGGACGGCGGCGGGCGAGUGGGGUCUGUGCUGUCCCGUGGAAGUAGAGGUGCGCGCUGUCUCCGGGGCUGUCCCUGACCGCAGUGGGACGAUUAGUGAGUGGUGUUUGGCCGUAGCGCUGCGUCGCGGGACCGACGGCUGGCUGUGACGGGCGCCGCGCGAGUGAUGGUGGCUGGAUGGUGAACUGUCGCUGUCUCAUCGAGCUCCCCAAACCGGGCCGCGAUGACCGGUCACCGGUGGCCGCUGCUGCUGGCAAUUCUCCUGUGCCUGGUGUUCUCCGUACAAGGCCAGUACCGGUCGCCACGUAUCACGGAGCACCCUUCGGACACGAUCGUACCCAGAGGAGACCCGGUCACUCUCAACUGCAAGGCCGAGGGCCGGCCAUCGCCGAAGAUCCUCUGGUUCAAGGAUGGCCAGGAGCUCAACCUCGGUCCGUCGCACCGGGUCACUCUACCCGAGGGAGCGCUGUUCUUCCUCACCGUGCAGCAGAAUAAGAAGGAGAACGACGCGGGCGUGUACUGGUGCGUGGCGCGCAAUGAGGCCGGCCAGGCACGCAGCCACAACGCCACACUCAAAGUCGCAGUUCUUCGCGACGUGUUCAAGACGAUCCCACAGGACACGGUCGUGGCGACUGGCGACCGAGCGGUGCUACACUGCGCGCCUCCCAAGGGCGACCCGCCGCCCACAGUGCGCUGGAAACUCAACGGCAAGAUUGUGGACGUCUCCACCACGGACAGGCUGGAGAUUGGCGGAGAGGGAGACCUGAUCAUCAACGGCGCCAGUGCUGAGGAUGAGGGCAAGUACACGUGCGAGGCGCACAACUAUGCCGGCAUGCACCGGGAGACUCCGCCGGCACUGCUCUCCGUUCAUGUUCGCCCCCACCUGGUGCGCGGUCCCACCGACACGACAGUGCUGGUCGGGGACUCUGUGGAUCUGCAGUGUCAGGUGGCCGGCGACCCGCCCCCCUCUGUCUACUGGAGCCGAAAGAACGACCGCAUGCCCGUCGGACGCAUCAACGUGCUCGGAGACAAGACGCUGCGGAUUGAACAAGUGCGCGCGCAAGACGAGGGCACCUACGUCUGCGAGGCGGACAACGUGGUGGGCAGCGUCACCGCAUCGGCCACCGUCACCGUGCACUCUCAGCCGUCGUUCGAGCGUCCUCCGAGUGACCGACGCGUGGCGCACGGUGAGACCGUGACCUUUGAGUGCGGCGCCGCCGGCCACCCCGCACCCCUCAUCUACUGGACUGCGGCCACCAGCGGUGAAGCGCUCUUCGCCGGCGACUCUCGCGGCCGCUUCAGUGUCGGCGCGGACGGCAGUUUGCGCGUGGAGGAAGCGCGUCGCUCCGAUCGUGGUUACUAUUCCUGCACAGCGCUGAACGCGGUGGGGUCGGAGGUCGCUCGCGCUCACCUGGAGGUGGCGGAGAGCAGCUCUGUCCGACCGCCGCCUGUACUCGCGGUGCUGCCAGGGAACCAGACGCUGCCGCUGAAGUCGCUGGCGCUGAUGCCGUGCCGGCCGGCUGACGGCCAGCAGUCAGCCGUCAGCUGGGAAAAGGACGGUCAGCCUAUCAGCGAGGACAACCCGCGCACCAGGGUGGUCGGCAGAGGAGCGCUCAAAGUGGACGACCUCCUGACAUCAGACAGCGGCCUCUACACGUGCACCGUCACAUCAUCAUCGGGCCAAACCUCUGCCUCAGCGCGCCUCACAGUCGCCAACCCGACCAACCCGAACGUCAACUUCCACCGUGUGGCCGAGCCGGAUACCUACCCCUCUGCGCCUCAGCGACCGCGGGUCACCGCACGGAACGAGACCUCGGUGACUCUCUCGUGGCGGCCCGGCCAGCAGAUUGGCGCCUCGGCUCUGCGGGGCUACACGGUGGAGUACUACAGCCCGGAUACAGCAGACGGCUGGGUGACGGCUGUGCAGAGAGUGGCAGCAGAGACGGUGACAGUCACCGGACUCCGUCCCGACACCACGUAUGUGUUCGGAGUCCGGGCAGAGAACGGUCAGGGGUUAUCCCCACUCUCCGAGCUCUCGACACCGGUACAUACGCUCGAGGCAGCCACAGACGGCGCAGAGGGACGCAGAGUGGCUGAGGCAGCCCUGCGACUGCAGGAGUUCACCGUCGAGCUGCGGAAGGCGACGCCGAUCUCCUCCACCGCCGUCAGACUCACGUGGAAGCUUCUAACAAACUCGGUGUUCAUCGAGGGAUUUCUGAUCCGCUACCGUAACCUGGAGACGGGCAAAUACGACGUGCUCAGCAUCCACAACUCUGGCGGCAACGAGUACAUCGUGGCCAGCCUCAGCAAGUUCACGCGCUACCAGUUCUUUGUGGUGCCGUUCUUCCAGAGCGUGCUGGGAAGGCCCUCCAACAUCGAGGAGGUCCGCACCAACGAGGAUGUGCCGAGCGGCCCUCCGCUUCGCCUGGAGGUCAGCACCCUGAACUCGACGGCGGCCGGCGUAUCCUGGCAGCCGCCGGCGCCGGAGCACCUGAACGGCGUCACCACCGGCUACCUGCUACACCUGCGCCAGCAGGCGUCCAGCUUCCGCUUCAACGUCACCGUCAACGCCACCACCACGCAGGUGAUUCUGAAGAACCUGACCGCCGGGGCCGACUUCCUGAUCCGCACUGCGGCAGUGAACCGCGCGGGCACCGGCCCCCUGUCUCCCGCGGUCGCCUUCUCCAUGUCCCCGGGCGGGGGCGGCGGCAGCGGCGGGGCGGGUGACGGUGUCGGCGGCGCGGCGCCCGACCCGCGCCUGGCCUCACCGGUGAAGAGUGUGGUCAGUGAGGUGUGGUUCAUCGCUCUGAUCGGGACGCUCGUCGUGGUGGCGCUCACCGUCUUCGUGGUGGUCGUCUACUGCCGCCGGCGUCGGGAGAAGAAGGCGCUGGGAAACCUAACAGUGACCUCUGGGAAGCCGGACGACAUCUCGCUGCUGCCGAUGCAGGGCGAGCGCGGUCCGCUGUGGAUGGACGCCUCGUUCCAGCGCGGCGACUGGCGCGGCCAGUUUCAGAAGGAGCCCGAGACCAAACUGCUCAACUGUGACGUGGGCCUCGUGAGCUCCGAGUACGCUGAGCUCGACCAGAGGAACGUCAGCACGUUCUACGGCGCGCCCGUGGCCGGUCACCGGGCCGGACAGGAGGACCCGGCUCCGUACGCGACCACUAUGCUGCUGCCUGGCUCGGCGCGCCACCCGCUGCCGCCCAGCUCCGGCUCGGACGAGUCCACGCCGCGCCGCUCGGCCUCCUCCGACCACUCGGGCCAGGUGAAGAGGUCCGGGUCGGACUUCUGCUCCGGACCGGCCGGCAGCUCUGGCUCCGGCUCCGGAGGCAGCCAGCACAGAGGCUCGCGGACGCCGUGUUUCGAGGCACACCCCGGUAUGCCCCCGUCUCUCGACUUCAAUGAGUUCGCGCCACCGCCGCCGCAGUUCCCGCCACCGGACCUGACGAGUGGCGCGCGCGCCGCGCACUUCGCCCACCACCCUCAGUCCGGCUCGGCCGCCUCUGUGCGCGGGCUGGGCUCUCCGCGAUCGCAGCGCCGCCACGCGGCCAGCUCGGGAACUGGUAGUUCGCGCUCGGCCCGCUCGGCGUGCGGCCGUCAGCCGCUUUACAACGUAAGCGGCGAGCCGCGAGGAGAGAUGCGAGCGGAACCCAGCUGCGGUGAGGACGAUUACGAAUACGAGGCGGCACCGCUGAUGAGUCGCGGCGGUCGGGAGCGGCGCGGGCGACCUUCCCGCGGCGGCGAGCCGCGGCUGCAGCUUCAGGAGCGUCCCGGCGCUCCUCACCUACAGCUGUACGGCGCUCCUGAGGAGUCAGAGCUCUCCGAGCGUGCCAGUCCCGAGUCGUCGGUGAACGGCGAGGCGGGCGGCAGCUGGGAGCCCACCUCCUGUGACGAAGAGAGCGAGCUCAGUGACACAGACGUCGGCUACAACGAGGCGGUGCUGCGCGCGGCUCAGCAGGCCGGGAUCACGGUGUCGGGCAGCCGGUCGGGGCGGCGGCGGCACUCUCCGCACCAACACUACUCGACAGACAGCACGUACCAGGGCCGGCCGGCGCGGCACCACCGGAAGCGGGCCCACCCGGCGGCCAGCAGCCUCGACAGGGCGCACCCGCCAGGACCUGCGCCGGAGAGCUUCGCUCAGCGUGAUUACCGCCUGGGGGAGGGACGCGGGGUAGACGAGAGUGGUCCCUUGCUGGUCAACGGCGCCACGUGAGCAGCUGAUUGUGCUCACGGACCGGCAAUGAACACGACGAACUGAACAGACUCAUCGUCGAGUCCGAUAUCCGGCUCCCGAGUCAGGCCGGCUGAUGGCUCAGAGUGAGAUGAGCUAGAACCCUCGGCGAGGGAGAGUCAGUGUGCUAGUGAAGACUCGUGACGAGACAUGCUUGUGCCACGAUGCGCGUUUGUAAGCAGUGCGGUGCGCUAGUUGAUAUUGUGAUCCGUAUAUUACGUUGUGCGCGCUUUGAGAUUGUGUCCAUUCAUGUGAUUUUGUUAAGCCUGCUUUUUACUUUUAUAGAAGCGUUUUUUCAUAGUUUCACAUCGCUGCGUCCUUUCUCCCAGUCUGUUUUGUUCAGACAGUAUGCUUAGUCUCAUAGGUUUUCUACGCUUGUUACCGACAAUACCAUAACCGUUUUUCAGGCUUCUGUGAUCUUUUGAUCAUCAUUGAUCACCGGCCCCGUAUGACCACUUUUGUCGCCCCCUGGCCUGCCGUUGUUCCAUUUGAACACCACUGUUGCAAACUGACUUUUCUGCGUGAACCCAUUUAGCGAGCUGUCCGAGGUCCUCUCUGUGUGCGUGUUGGUCUUCUGUAGUGCUGAUAACAGUUGGCAUUGUUACCUAUUGUCAGGUGCACCCGACAGUAGCGCUCGGGCCCGAGCCGAGAGGCGGCGUGUGUUUUGUGCGUGCACAACCGGCGUAGGAGGGCGCACGGGGCGCUCGCUGCGCCGACCGACCCUGCCGCUACCCUCGGCGGCGGUGGGGGAGAGAGUAGAGACCGCUACCAUCCUGGUAGAGACCGCUACCAUCCUGGUGACGCACGUACAGGCUGUGAUAAUUUAUACACACGCGUCUCGGUGUGUGAGGCGGAGAGCGCCGGCGCGCAAUAAUUCCCCUUGUGAUUGUGCGAGGACCGGACAGCGGCGGCGCGCGGCGGUGGCGGCGGCCCGAUCUACUAGUCACGAGCUCAGACUCCCUCUCGGCUCCGUCAGAUGCUGCUACUACCGCCGUGCUGCCGCCUCGCUCCCGUCCCCCUCUAUCUCCAAGUGAGCGCGCUUUGUCAGAAUAUACGAUCCAGAUUCGU